UCGAGCCGGAGCGGAGGCGCAGCGGGCGGGCACCAUGCUGUCGCCAGAGGCGGAGCGGGUGCUGCAGUACCUGGUGGAGGUGGAGGAGCUCGCCGAGGCGGUGCUGUCGGACAAGCGGCAGAUUGUGGAUCUGGACACCAAAAGGAAUCAGAACCGAGAGGGCCUGAGGGCCCUACAGAAAGAUCUCAACCUUUCUGAAGAUGUGAUGGUUUGCUUCGGGAACAUGUUUAUCAAGAUGCCUCACCCUCAGACAAAGGAAAUGAUUGAGAAAGAUCAGGAUCAUCUGGAUAAAGAAAUAGAGAAACUCCGGAAACAACUUAAAGUGAAGGUCAACCGCCUCUUUGAGGCCCAAGGCAAACCGGAGCUGAAGGGUUUUAACCUGACCCCCCUCAACCAGGAUGAACUUAAAGCUCUCAAGGUCAUCUUGAAAGGAUGAAAAAAAUUCGAGAACCAAGAUAGGGGGCUUAAGACCAGCAUCCCCCUUUGGAUCGUGUAGGACCCACAACUCUCCAACCCUGGCACCUGCAAGGACAGGAUCUACUCUGCAAGGUCAUAGGCACCAACAAUCUGGCCAUGGCUCCUGUAUGCAGCCUCUUUAUCUGUAGCAGUUGACUGCUCUGUGACAGCAGCAGGGAACCCUCAGCCUGCCAGUGUCUGCCAGGCCUGACCACUGGGGCUGAAUGGACACAAGACCUAUUGACAGGCCUAGCAGCCAUCAGUGGGUGGGUGGGGGCAGCGCCUGUGGGGGUAUGAGAAUGACUGCAACAGACACUUAACAGUGGCCUGCUGUUUAAGUGGGCCCUGGGCGGGGAAGAAGGGAGAGGGGAAGAGUGGGAGCUUCAUUCCAGCAUUCCUCUCGGAAAGGGAGCCGGCAUUUUCAAGCAGCUUGUGUAACAAUUGGAAUAAAGCAGGAGGCUCACAGGUGGUUCUGAAUGGAGGACAGUCUUGGUGCUUUGUGGUCCACCACAACUAUCUGUGGAGCAGACAUACCAUUUCUCCCCACUGGCUCCAUUUUGGCCUGUUUUUCCUGCUUGCUCCCAGACAGCCCAGAGUGGGUGCUGCUUAUCAACCCCCCGCAGCUGCUCUUUCCUCAGGAAGGCCUUGCAGAGUCCUGCACCAGAGAUGGGUGAGGGAGACCGCCUUACAUGCUGCGUGCAUUCAGGACGCCCCCCCACCCUCUGAAAGCGGGGCCAGGGCAGCGCUGCUCUCCGAGUUCCCCUGCCUUCAGUGGUCUUGGGUCCUAAUGUGAAUGUGCUGUGAGGGCAUCACGGUGUCCUUCCUGUUCAUUGAGGGCUCAAUAAAGGCUACCUAAAUGAA